CGUGGACUGCAUGUACCCGGUGGAUUAUGGGAAAGACGCCUGCAUCAUCGAGGAGGGCGACGUGGGCUCUCUGGUCUACGUGAUGGAAGAGGGGAAGGUGGAAGUGACUAAAGAGGGGAUGAAGUUGUGUACGAUGGGACCCGGGAAAAGUGUUUGGAGAGCUGGCAAUCCUCUACAACUGUACCCGGACGGCAACUGUCAAAACUCUGGUGCAUGUGAAGCUGUGGGCGAUCGACCGUCAGUGUUAUCAAACCAUCAUGAUGAGAACCGGACUCAUCAAACAUGCAGAGUACAUGGACUUCCUCAAGAGCGUUCCCACCUUCCAGGGUCUGUCAGAGGAAAUUCUCAAUAAACUUGCCGACGUCAUGGAGGAGACCCAUUAUGAAGACGGAGAGUACAUCAUCAGACAGGGAGCCCGAGGAGACACCUUCUUCAUCAUCAGUAAGGGAAAGGUGAACGUGACCCAGGAGGAGUCGGCAAAUCAGGAGCCAACACACCUUAGAGAGCUCACCAGGGGGAACUGGUUUGGAGAGAGAGCUCUACAGGGAGAGGAUGUGAGAACAGCCAAUGUCAUUGCUGCGGAGGCCGUCACCUGCCUGGUCAUCGACCGAGACUCAUUCAAACAUCUGAUUGGUGGACUGGACGAUGUUUCGAAUAAAGGUUACGAGGACGCUGAAGCCAAGGCCAAGUACGAGGCAGAGAACGCCUUCUUCUCCAGUCUGAAGUUGACCGACUUCAACAUCAUCGACACUCUGGGAGUUGGAGGCUUCGGACGUGUUGAGCUGGUUCAGCUGAAGAACAAGGAGGCGAAGACGUUCGCUAUGAAGAUCCUGAAGAAGCGUCACAUCGUCGACACGAGACAACAGGAACACAUCCGUUCUGAGAAACACAUCAUGACUGAGGCGCACUCCGACUUCAUCGUCAGGUUGUACCGGACAUUUAAAGACAGUAAAUAUCUCUACAUGCUGUUGGAGGCUUGUCUUGGAGGAGAGCUGUGGACUCUCCUGAGAGACAGGGGUUCAUUUGAAGACUCGACCACCAGGUUUUACACGGCAUGUGUGGUUGAGGCCUUCGCCUAUCUGCACGCCAAAGGCAUCAUAUACAGAGACCUGAAACCUGAAAACCUCAUACUGGACAGCCGGGGAUACGCCAAGCUGGUGGACUUUGGUUUCGCCAAAAAGAUUGGUGUCUGUAAGAAGACUUGGACGUUCUGCGGCACGCCAGAGUACGUCGCUCCAGAGAUCAUCCUCAACAAGGGUCACGACGUCUCCGCAGACUACUGGUCUCUGGGUAUCCUAAUGUAUGAGCUGCUGACUGGCAGCCCUCCGUUUUCAGGUCCAGACCCGAUGAAAACCUACAACAUCAUCUUGAGAGGCAUCGACAUGAUCGAGUUCCCCAAGAAGAUCACCAAGAACGCCGGCAACCUCAUCAAGAAGCUCUGCAGAGAUAAUCCCUCAGAGAGACUCGGAAACCUGAAAAACGGAGUCAAAGACAUCCAAAAACACAAGUGGUUUGAAGGUUUUAACUGGGAAGGUCUGAGGAAAGGAACUCUGACUCCACCCAUCACACCUGAUGUUUCCUCUUCAACUGACACAAGUAACUUUGACAAUUUCCCCGAAGACACAGAGGAGCCGCCACCAGACGACAACUCUGGAUGGGAUUACGAUUUUUAGCCCAGUACAUAGUUAAACUUUCAACCCGACGCUCUACAAUGUGAAAUCUUGGAGGAACAAUAAUGGUUCACCAGGCUGAACAAAGACAAACUUUUUUCAAGCAUUUUGGAUCCUGUGGGAAUAGAACUCCUAAUGCUUUGAGAGGGAGCCGACGGAAAAGAACUGGAGUCCUGUCGUUGAGCAAACUGUUCAAACCAUCCAGAGGAAUUCUGAGCUGAAACCUGAAAACAUCUGAGAGCUGGAGGAUAAGGUGGUUCAAGUAUGAGACAAUCAAUCUCGUCUACAAGUUUUACCUGUUUCCAAGAAAUGGUCAACUUGUUUAUCAAUUCUCAGAGAGGGGAAUGGAUCCUGGAAAUAUUAGAAGAAUUAAUGCCGAAUCCAAAGGGGUUCAAGUAAGUUGUUGACUUUUGUGACCUGGAAAAGUCACUCUACCAACUCCAGUUAGACCCCUAUCAGAACUCUGAUGUUUUUUGAACAAGAGAUACUUGUGCCCUGAUGAAAGGAUAAGUGCUCAGUGAAGACACCACUCAUCCCAGUUAUGCCCCUUUACCCUGCUGAUAAGUUACAUAACUUAACUUAUGGCCCUUAGCUGCCACUGCAACCAAAACAGCGAUUCAACAGACCCAGGCUCCAUUUCCAAUCGUUUAGACUGAUGGGCAGCAAGAACAAGGACAUCACCAGGGUUGUCGAGUUAGGGAACCUCCCUUCACUGGUGUUUUUCCCAAUUAGUCCCACUACACCUUGAGAAGGACGGUCAGUGAGUUCUGACGUCCCAGAGCCUCCCCCCUCCAUGCUAGCUCUCACCAACCACCGUAACCACACACAGAACUUCUAUAUCUCAACUACCCUACCACAUGGCCAUCACAGCCCAAACAGCAUUGCCACCUUUAACAGACCUAGGCUCUGUGCAUGCUAGUUCCUUAAUGCUGAGUUCAAUGCUGCAAAUAGAUUCCUUCAACUGAGAACACUGCUGAUUCCUUGUUUAACUGCAGCAGGACCUUGGGUAUCUCCACCAUUCAGCAGUCAUUCUCACUGUAGAGGUUGUUUUGACUCCCCGUAGAUUGCAGCAACUCCCAGAGAUGAUGAGUCCUUUGAAUGCUGCGAACUUGACCAACAUUCAGCACUCCCAACCACAAAGAAGGUGUUUUAACCUGGAGCAGGGUUCUUUCAGAGGUAAAAAAAAGGAUACCAUGAAUUUACUUAGACCCUUGUCCCCGCUGACGAAACAUACCAAGUAUUUUUAAAUCCCAUGAGAAACGUCCUAGGGGGAAAGCAGCUUCCUUGAGAAAAGACAUGCUGAUACAUCAAACAAGGACAUCAAGCAGAUGUCGCCUAUGACCUUAUUUUUUUCCCCCAUUGCUUUCAUGCUUAGGAUGCAUACUCUUCACCAAAUGCACUUUUUAUGAAGCAGCCAAAAGAAAACCAGGUCAGGAUAGUGGGUCAGAGGAGAGAUACUUGCAGCUAUCCGGUUUCUAACCACGGAAAGGAUCUUAAACGGUCCCUUCAAAUGUCACUUCAUGAUAUUGGAGACUACAGCCGUAUUUUUUUAGCAGCUCAUUGGAAGCCUCAGCUCCUGUCAAGUGUCCUUGAUCCCUGGCUGAUUCAUGACCUUUCUCUCCUUAGAAGAAGAUUUUAAAAGACUGCUGCCCAUCCUGUGGUAUCUGCUGUUUGUGGUUCACAUUCUGGAAGCAGUUCAGUAAGUCCUGGGGGCUUUUCCCAGGUUUGACUCUUCAAGCGCAGACUAGAGGAGAUGCAGUUGCCAGAUGAAUCCCUGGUCCAAGUAGCAAACUAUCUCCACCGACCUCGGAAGACAAAAGUGAACUUAAGAAAGGAGACGGGAAGGAAAACUCUAAGUCACCAUGAUGCCUUCACUUCUCAUUUCACUUUUGGGGAACUUAAAAUCCAAGGACUGAAGGACAAAAAGGUUUGUUUGUAGCAGCUGUGGUCCUCCUCCGUCAGUAACGCGCAGUGAUCUGAUCAUUUCUACUUUAACUUUCCUUUCUACUUUUCCUUUUGUUGUGAAUCUUUGGAUCAAAGCAUGACAAAAUUAUUUUGUAUAUAUUUUCCAAGCCUUCCUACACAUUUUUGCACACACCUACAAACACUCCAUUUGCACAAACACAUACACGACUUUGUUACAUUUCUUAACACCAUUUCUUUUCUUGGUUUGUCAAAAUUGAGAUCAUUUCAUGACUGUUUCUUUUUGGUUCCAAACCUCUGAAUGAGGAUCCACAUCUUCACAUUCUUACAGUAACUUCACAACAAAUCUUGAGCUGAAGAACGUGUGCAGUCUUCAAAGUUUGUAUUCUUCCGCGUAAAAAAAAAGAUUUUAACAGAAAUAAAAGGAGGAAUUUGUUUUGUAUUUCUAUUUUGUGGCCUUUUGUAAAAGCAGCUGAUUGUCGUUGUUUGGUAUAAAGACUUUGUAAUAGUGCUCUGAAUUUAUUGUGAUAUUUUUGUAAACUGAUCAGCGGUGUGUCUUCUGUGAGCUCUGCAUGAAACCUAUGAAAUUCAUGUGUUUGGUUUUCAACUACAGCAAAGUUUAAAAAUAACAACCAAACAGGCAGAAUGUGAAAUGUAUUAAUUUAGUCCAGAGAAAAGUCAGCAUUUAAACUUCACCACCAUACUCUGGAAAAACUGCCUGGUUGAAACGUCAUUUAUUUUGAAAACAAAACGAUCCUUAAGUGAUUUUAAAAAAUGUGUUUGGACCAGAAGUAGAAUAAUUUAAAGUUUAUGUUGAUUAUAUUUUGUGAGUAUUUUAUGAGUUUGUGAAACGAAGCUCGCGUGUCACUGAUGUAUUUGUAUAUAUUGGGAAUAUAGUGCUUUAUAAUGUGCCUGCCGUUUGUAGAUUAUUAUUAGUAGUAGUAGUACUACAGUGGUUGCCAUGGUAGCUAAUGAAAUGUUCUGACUUUCUUGCUCUAUCAGUUCAAAAAGCUUUAUGGGCAUGACUGUUAACACGACAAAACAAAACCUUUUUGCCAAAGCAGGUUGAUCUGUUUGAAAAAUAAAGUAAAAAACUAAACUAAA